AUUUAAAGGCACUUACAGAGAGUUUGAGGAACGCUUGUUGCAGUUUCAAGAAAACUUUCAUUGGCCUCUUUGCUUACAACAUCUCAUCCCAACAUGCUGAGACUAUUUGUGUUGCUUACAGCAAUAGUGCUCUGUAAUGUGGGUGUCUCUGAUUCUACCACCAGUAACCCAGAAGGUUCUGAUGAAAGAUUUGAAACAACACCACCACCACCAACAACAACAACAACAACAGCUGAAAUACAUUAUGACAGUUAUGAAGAACUUCAUGGCCACUCCCAAAAUGGAGGCAAUGAUCGAUUUGAAACAACACCACCACCACCAACAACAACAACAACAACAGCUGAAAUACAUUAUGACAGUUAUGAAGAACUUCAUGGCCACUCCCAAAAUGGAGGCAAUGAUCGAUCUGGAGAUUAUGGGGAGCAUGGAAUACCUGAAAAUGACAAAUUCGAAACAACAACAACAACAACACCACCAACAACAACACCAACAACAACAGCUGAAAUACAUUAUGACAGUUAUGAAGAUAUAUAUGGCCACCCUCAACAUGGAGGCAGUGAUGAAGGUGACGCUCAGUAUGGAGGCAAUGAUGAAGGUGACGCUCAACAUGGAGGCAAUGAUGAAGCUGACAUUCCCGCCCAAUAUUAACAUGGAGGCAGUGAUCAACCUAAUGGCGACACCAAUUCCCAGCCCAACAACGCGGCUUUGGACACUGAACCAGUAAAGUGACAUACUGAGAAGAAAAAAAAAAAUUCUCUUAUAAAUGACCAGGCUAAACCCUGCUGAAUGAGCUGACAUAAACAGCAUUUUAAAUAAACAUACCUAAGAGCAUGCA